CCUUCACAGCGGGCCUCGUUCCUCUGACCAUUCGCAGGAGAAGGUGAAUCCAGCGUCUGGGGCUCUCCUCUGUUUGUCUGCUGCCAACCUGAUCGACGAGCAUCACCAACGCCCAUAAAGUAGCACUCUCCAGGAACUAAAGCUCGCUGCUAGAAGCCCCGCUGCCCCUCCGCACCCCCCGCCGGCUCCGUUGUUCAGUGCAGUGGUCGUGAUUUGGACCGGAGCCUUUGUAACCGUUAUCAGCUUUAGUCCUCUCAUGUAUCACAUGUACUGUACAAGUUAGCGACUUCUUAUCACUGUGCGGCUAGUCUCCCUCUUUGGACUGAUUCACUGCGACUGUUUGACUUCUACACGAAAAAUGGCAACCCAGAUCGAUAAAGAGGCUUGCAGAGAGGCUAACAACCAGGUCCGAGACGAUAACACGGACACCAACUGGGCUUGUGUUAAAUAUGAGGGCUCCAUGAUCCUACCUGGAGGAACAGGGGCGGACUAUGAGGACUUCAGGGGCUUGUGCACAGAUGACGCUCGUCUGUUCGCCUUCGUCCGCAUCACGAUGGGAGACGCCAUGAGCAAACGGGCCAAGUUCACCCUCAUCACCUGGAUCGGGGAGAACAUCAGCGGGCUGCAGCGGGCCAAGGUCAGCACCGACAAGGCGCUGGUCAAAGAAAUCGUGCAGAACUUUGCCAAGGAGUUCAUGUUCAGUGACCCCCGGGAGCUGGAUGCUGACAACAUCCGCUCAGAGCUGAAGAAGGCUGGGGGGGCCAACUACGACGCUCAGGCCGAGUAGAGAAGUGCCAUGUCCACGGGAGGGGUUGGGUGGGGGGGGUCCGUUGUGGUCAGGGUGGGGUGUGGUGGAAAAAGUGGGGCGGGGGGGGUUGGGACAAGGC